AUGACAACGUCUCUACAGUUUGAUUCAAAUACUAUGAGAGUUAUUUUGGCUGAGAUUCUGGAAUCUCUUACAACCUGUGAAAAUGCAUUGAAUUUAGAAGAUGCUAAGAGUAAAGCUGGUAAUGAUAUGCUAAAAGUUAUGCAAUAUGUUUAUCCAAUAGUUGUCAGCACUCAGAUGAAUGUAAUUAAAAAAUAUGGGCUCCCUGAAGGACGAGAAGGAAUAAUAAAGUUUACCAGAAGUGUAGUGGCAUUUGAAAAAGACGAUAGAGUAGUAGCUGAUCUUCACCGCCAGAUACGAUCAUUUUACUUACCACCAGUAAAUGUUUCAAGUGCUGUGACUUCACAUGUGUAG